AUGUUCUCGCAUAAGAUUUUGCCGCCGGGUGCCUCAUCAAUUGAGAAGUCACUAUUGAAAGGCUUCGAUACACGCGCAUAUCGUCUUCCUGGUGAAAAAUUUGGGGGUUUUCAGAGGAGGGUAAAGCUUUGUCUAGCUAUUGCGGUACUAUCUGUCUCCGCAUGGUUUCUUGCCCGAUCAAAAUACAACUAUACCUUGGAGAUCCAUGCUGUGCCUUGGUCACAACCGCAUAGCAUCAAUCAGUUCCAACAAUGUUCUAUCACCAACUUUCUUUCCACGGGGCUUCCAUUUUUAAAAUCGGCAGCACCUCUUCCCGUUGAAGAAUAUGUACAACGCAGGAACAACCUAGCCAAGGCCCUCGUCGCCGAUAAUGUAGACGCUUUCAUUGUUGAGCCGGGUUACACUUUCCAGUAUUACGCCAAUAUUAGUCAGAAAGACUGGGAAGUAUGGGAGCCCGAAGAGCGGCCCUUUUUAAUGGUCAUCCGACCUAUCACAAACUUGAAAACCGGGGACAUCGAGGCCUCAACUGUUUUCCUAGCACCGAGCUUUGAAGUUGAGAGAGCCAGAUUAUUGGGUAUGCCGUUCCAAGAAACCUUGACUUUUGUUCCGUGGGAAGAACAUUGGAACCCGUAUGAUACGCUGCGAAACUCUUGGGAGGAUGAAUUUAUAAUCGGAGGAGACUUGACCGUCCAGAACAUCGUGCCAAAGGUCAUGGUCGAUGAAGAGAUGAGAGACUUCAUUCAAAGAGGGCUCAGUGCGAAUGGAUUCGAUGUUGUUGGACUUGAUGGGGAAGUUGAGAGAGUGAAACAAACAAAAUCGCCGAGGGAGAUUGAAAUUGUCAGGGCCGUCAAUACUGGAACAGUAGUUGCGGUUCGAGCAACGAGGGAUUGCAUGUAUCCUGGCUUGACAGAGAAUGAGGUGAUGGAUGUUCUGGAUAAUACCCUCAGGGCUGCUGGAAUGGAGCCAUUCUUUGAUAUUGUAUUAUUCGAUGAAAACGCUUCAAAUCCUCAUGGAGGCACAAAUGGAAUCAAAGUUCUCGAAAAAGAGACUUUCGUACUAAUUGAUGUCGGCGCUCACCUAUAUGGUUACUCGUCUGAUAUUUGCCGGACUUUUUUUCCUCCUUUCUUUCCCAAGCCCACCAACGACUCAGAGGUUCGCGCGCUCUCUCCAGUGGUCCAAGAGAAACUCAAGGUCUGGGACAUUGUCCUCGAAGCACAAACGCAAUCCAUGCAUGCAUUAGUAUCUGGCAACACAGCGGCAAGUGUUGAUAUUGCUGCAAGGAAAGUGAUUAGCGAUGGAGGCUACGGCAAUGCCUUCACGCACAGGGUCGGGCAUGGUAUCGGCAUCAAAGCCCACGAGAGUCCGUACUUGAACAAAGGGAACUUUAACGUGACGCUCCGAGCGGGUAUGACGUUCACUUCUGAGCCAGGUAUCUACCUGGUUGAUAAAUUUGGUGUCAGGCAUGAGGAUAUACUCCUUGUGAAAGAGGAUGGCGAGCCCGAAAUUUUGACUGGACAGAGGGCGGUAGGUCCGUGGGAUCCGUGA